GUCUGGUAAACUGUACUCCGCCCCCAGCUCUGGUAAACCGUUCUCCGUUUUCCCCCAGGUCUGGUCUGGUAAACCGUACUCCCCCUCCCCCAGGUCUGGUAAACCGUACUCCCCCUGGUCUGGUAAACCGUACUCCCCCUCCCCCAGGUCUGGUAAACCGUACUCCCCCGGUCUGGUGUUGUAUAAGGUGUACAUGUCCUUCGUGGAGGUGGGCCCUGAGAAUGUUCAGACAGCUGACUAUUUCAAAGGAGUGGCCUCAUUCCUCAUCGUCAGUAUUGGGGGGACCAUGGUGGGUCUGAUCUUUGCUGCUCUCCUAGCCUUCAUCACACGUUUCACCAAGAAGGUCCGCAUCAUUGAGCCUCUAUUGGUCUUCCUCAUGGUCUACCUGGCCUACCUCACCGCUGAGCUCUUCUCUCUGUCCGCCAUCUUGUCAAUGACGUUCUGUGGUAUCGGCUGUAACAAGUACGUGGAGGCCAACAUAUCCCAGAAAUCUCGUACCACGGUGAAGUACACGAUGAAAACCCUGGCCAGCAUCGCCGAAACCAUCAUCUUCAUCUUCCUGGGCAUCUCAGCCGUGGACAAGUCUAAGUGGGCCUGGGACACAGGACUCAUCUCCUGUACGCUCAUCUUCAUCUUCGUCUUCAGGGCCCUGGGUGUGGUCAUGCAGACCUGGGUGUUGAACUGGUUCCGCCUCGUCCCAUUGGACAAGAUCGACCAGGUGGUGAUGUCGUACGGUGGCCUGCGAGGGGCGGUGGCGUUUGCCUUGGUGGUGCUGCUGGAUGCAGAACGGGUCCCGGCUAAAGACUACUUCGUGGCCACAACCAUCAUAGUGGUUUUCUUCACUGUGAUGUUCCAGGGCCUGACCAUCAAGCCUCUAGUGAACUGGCUCAAAGUACCUCGUGCGACCAACCGCAAGCCCACCAUCAACGAGGAGAUACACGAACGUGCCUUUGACCAUUGUCUGACAGCAGUGGAGGACAUCGCUGGACUCAACGGUUACCACCACUGGAGAGACAAGUGGGAGCAGUUUGACAAGAACUACCUGAGCAAGCUGCUGCUGCGGAAGUCUGUGUACCGGAAGAGCGAGCUGUGGGAGGUCUAUCAGAAAAUCAAUAUUAGAGACGCCAUCAGUGUUAUAGACCAGGGUGGCAACGUGCUGACCUCUGCCAGGCUCUCUCUGCCCUCCAUGGCCUCCAGGGCAUCUUUCCCAGAGGUCACCAACGUCACCAACUACCUGAGAGAGAACGGCAGUGGGGUCUGUCUGGACCUCCAGGUGAUUGACAACGUGCCGGGAGCCAAGGUGGAGGAGGAGUCAGAAACGCAUCACUUCCUGGCUGGGAACCUGUACAAGCCCAGGAGACGGUACCAGUCCCACUACAGCAGACACUUCAUGACAGUGGGGGACCACGAGCGUCAGGACAGAGAGAUCUUUCAGAGAAAUAUGAAGAGUCGCAUGGAGACGUUCAAGACCACCCGACACAAACGCCACAGCCACAAGAAGGACCGCAGCCAGAAAAAGAGAAGAGGAUCAGACGUUAAGGAACAGGACCUCAACGACAAACCUCGACGGAACGUCAGCUGGCAAGACAAAGAUCCUGUGGUGGUGCCGGUGGAGUCUGAGGAUGAGAAGGGAGAACACAUGGAGCCAGAGAAGGAGGAGGACGUUGGCAUCACCUUUGUGGCUCGAAAGGUUCCAGACACGCCCAAAGAACGACCCAAAUCUGUCCCGGCUGGUCUGGAGGUGUGUCAGAGCCCCUCCGUGGCCCCGCCCUCCCCCACCUGCAGUGAGAGGAACCUGCCCUGGAAGGGUGGCAUCGGAACCCUGCCGGUGUGCGUUUCCAUGGAGGCUACUAAAAUCAUCCCCAUAGACCUGCAGCAGGCGUGGAACCAGAGCAUCUCCUCCUUAGAGAGCCUGUCCUCUCCGCCGGGCCCCGUAGAGCCCUUACACCCCCGCGUCAGCGCCCUCUCCAGGCUGGGAGGGCAGCGUCCUGUCUCCUACUCUGGUAGUGGAGUUAGUGGCUCUGGUUUUGGAUCCAGAGGGGCUGGGUCAAUAGUGGCUCAGGGCAUCGCUCGGUUUGAGUUCCCUCCAGGAGGAGAGGAGAAGGAGGAGGAAGAGGGACCCUCGUCUGAGCAGGAGCUUCAGCCCCUCAUGUCAUCCUCUGUGAGGCCCCCUGGCCCCCCGCCCCCUCCCCCCCUGGCCCAGGGUCUAGGGCGGAGGAGGAACCCCUGUGUGUACCUGAGGAGCCUGGUCACAGCGCCCCCUCCUGGCAGUGAGCCGCUGGCGCGCAGCAGAGGGCCCACUCAGCUUUAAUGGCUCCAACCACAUCUCUGGUGUUGCCCCGUCGACCCAGAUCUAGGAUCAGCUUACUCAACCAAGUCCCUAACCAAUACCUACCAGGGAGAACGACACAAGACUGAUUUCAAAUCAGCUUCUAUGGGCAAUCACGUCCCUCACUGCCUCACACACUCAACAGCAGAACAGUCACCCAACCACACACACACACCAGCUCAGGCCGUCCAACCCCCUCAGCUCUGCUACUUCUCCUUCCAGACGACGAGUCUUCAUCUCCUUCACACACACACACACAUACACACACACACGCACGCACGCACACACACACACACACACACACACACACACACACACACACACACACACACACACACACACACACACACACAGGAUGUUGGACUAAUACAGCGAUGAUGAUAUUGAGGAAGUAUAAUGAGCAUCCCAAAAUAGCACCCUAUUCCCUAUAUAGUGCACUACUUUUGACCAGGGCCCCCAAUAGGGAAUAGGGUGCCAUUUGGGACGAAGGCUGAGAGUUUUGAUUUGAUGUGGCAGCUGGUACAGUCACAGAUAGACAGACACAGUGCAUUGUGGUCCAGGGUUGGGGCCGUCCGUCCAUGUGGUAAAACAAUACCAGUUUCCAGAAAGAGUGUUGUUGAUUGAUGACCAGAUCCUGGUCCCUGAUUGGUUCUACCCCCCCCCAGCUCCCUGCAGGGGUCGAGGUUCUGCCCUGUCUGUUUCAUACACUUGAAUAUAAGUCAAUGUCAAGAUGUAAGCCGAUUUGGGAAAUAUAUCUGUCUAUAGCCGGACUGCCACAUUGCCCAGGCCUUAUGGGGUGUGUCCAUCUAACAUCAAACGCUCCAUUCAACCCCCAGUACUCUCCUCCUCUCCUCUCCUCUCCUCUCCUCUCCUCUCCUCUCCUCUCCUCUCCUCUC